AUGACAAUAAAAGAAUUUGGUAAUUCGUUCAAGGAAAAUAAUAGUAGGAAAGAGGAUAUUAAAAAAGGUGGUGGUAAUACUACUGCUUUAAAUGAUACGAACUUUUUUACUAAUGCUUAUGAUUAUAAACCUGCAAUAAAAGCGAUUAAGAAUAUUCCUGCUAUAAGUGGUGAUAAUAACGCUAUAAAGGCGAUUGCUAAGGCUGUAGAGAGUGCUAAUUUUGUUAACAGUAUUGACCCUUUUAUCUAUCGGUUGGUUACUAGCGAUGAAAUUACUAAAAAUUUAAGUGGUGCUGGUACGGACGGAGCAGAUGCGAUUGCG